GCUGUUUACCAGGCCGUCGUUGGCGCUGCAACUCCAGGGCAAGCUGUCGCUGUUGGGACCGUGGAACCUAGUCGGUGUACCCUUGCAAGGCAUUUAGCACAGUCACAUUAAAAACAUUAAGAUGCCACCCAAGGCGGCUGCAGCAGCGCCAGCGGACGACGUGGAGGAGGAGGUUGAGGAUGUGGUGGCGCCAAAGGACCUCGAUGACAAGUCCCUGAAAGCCUUCUUUAGCUUUUUCAAAACCUUGAGCGAUGAGCCCCACAUCAUCCGCUUCUUCGACCGGAAGGGCUACUUUUCGGUCCACGGCACCGCGGCGCCCCAGAUCGCGCGGCAGUUCUACCGCACCACGGCGGUGGUCCGCGGCGCCGACAGCGGCCUGCCCUACGUCAACGUCAACCGGGCCAUGUUCGAGACCAUCCUGCGCGAGCUGCUGCUGGGCGGCACGGCGCACGUGGUGGAGCUGUACGAGCAGGCCGGAACCGGCUGGAAGCUGGCCAGGUCCGCCACGCCCGGCCGCCUGGCCGCCUUUGACGAGGAGCUGUACCGCAGCGGCGACAUGUCGGACGUGGUGGCGGUGGUUGCGGCGCUGGCCUUCAGCGCGGCGGAGGGGCAGGUCACGGCGGGCCUUGCCUACGUGGACCCUAGCAGCGCCCGCCUGGGCGCCUGCGAGCUGCUGCUGGGAGGCGGCGGCGGCGGCGGCGCGCAGGAGGCGCUGGGUGGGCUGGAGGCGGCGCUGGUGCAGCUGGGGGCGCGGGAGGUGCUCAUCAACAAGGACUCGCUGGCUGCCCUGGACGCGGGCUGCCGCUCCCGGCUAUCCGCGCUGCUUGAGGGGCUGGGCGUGAUGGUGACGGAGCGGCCCGCCGCCCCGCUGUUCGGGCUGAAGCACCUGGAGGCGGACCUGGCCAAGGUCAUCAAGGGCGGGGCGGUGGAGCAGCACGGUGACGUGCUGGAGCGCCGCACCGCCUGCAGCGCCCUGGCCGGACUGCUGGCCUACGCCGAGCUCAUGGCGGACGGCAGUAGCAGCGGCAGCGGCGGCGGCGGCGGCAGUAGCAGCGGCGGCCGCUACAGCCUGAGCCUGUUCAAUGCGGGGUCGUACAUGCGGCUGGACGCCACGGCGCAGCGGGCGCUCAAUGUGCUGCCCAGCCGCCAGGACGCCAACGCCACGUUCAGCCUGUACGGGCUGCUCAACAGGUGCCGCACCGCCAUGGGCAAGCGGCGGCUCAAGACGUGGCUGAAGCAGCCGCUGGUGGACCUGGCGGCCAUCUCGGCGCGGCAUGACGCCGUGGAGGCGCUGGCGGCGGACACGGAGCUGCGGCAGCGGCUGAGGGACCAGCACUUCAGGGGCCUUCCCGACGUGGAGCGGCUGGCUCGCAAGCUGGCCUCCCGGCGCAUCGGCCUGGCGGAGCUGCACGCGCUGUACCGCGCCUCCAGCCGCCUGCCGCUGGUGGAGGAGGCGCUGAGGUGCCACGAGGGGCCGCACGCCGCGGCGCUGGUGGACAAGUACGCGGAGGCGCUGGCAGCCGCUCACGACGGCGAGCACCUGCAGCGCUACGAGGAGCUGCUGGAGGCGGCACUGGACGGCGACCGACUGCCCGACGAGUACUGCAUCGCGCCGGGGUACCUGGUGAUUGAGACGCGCAAGGACGGCACCAAGUUCACCCACAAGCCGCUGCGCGAGGCGGCGGAGCGGCUCAACGCCGCCAGCGGCCAGUACGGCGCGGUGCAGGCGGAGCUGGUGCAGCAGGUGGUGUCUGUGGCCGCCACGUUUGUGGAGGUGUGGGAGGAGGUGGGGGCGCUGCUGGGCGAGCUGGACGUGCUGCUGGCAUUCGCGGAGGCGGCCUGCGUGGCGCCCACACCCUACGUGCGCCCCGAGAUGCUGGGCCCGGACGCGGGUGUGAUCGAGCUGGUGGGCUGCCGGCACCCCUGUGUGGAGGUGCAGGAGGGAGUGGCCUUCGUGCCCAACGACUGCCUUCUGCGCCGCGGCCCCCUGCAGCCAGCGGCGGAGGCGGGAGAGGGAGAGGGGGAGAAGGGGGAGGGGGAGGGGGAGGGGGAGGGGGAGGAGGCGGGGGGCGGCGGUGGCGGCAGUUGGUUCCAGAUCAUCACCGGACCCAACAUGGGCGGCAAGAGCACCUACAUCCGCCAGGUGGGCGUGUGUGUGCUGCUGGCCCAGGUGGGGUGCUUCGUGCCCUGCACGGCCGCGCGCAUCGCCGUGCGCGACUCCAUCUUCUGCCGCGUGGGCGCGGGCGACAGCCAGGCGCGCGGCGUGAGCACCUUCAUGGCGGAGAUGCUGGAGACGGCCGCCAUCCUGAGGGGCGCCACCAGCCACUCUCUGGUCAUCAUCGACGAGCUGGGCCGCGGCACCUCCACCUACGACGGCUUCGGCCUGGCCUGGGCCAUCUCCGAGCACCUGGCGGGCCCCGGCUGCGGCGCGCCGUGCCUGUUCGCCACGCACUUCCACGAGCUGACGGAGCUGAGGGCGGACGUGGGCGUGCAGAACAUGCAGGCCGCCGCGGUGAUCGACCCCGCCACCCACAAGUUGACCAUGCUGUACGCCAUCCGCCCCGGCGCCUGCGACCAGUCCUUCGGCGUGCACGUGGCGGACAGCGCCGGAUUCCCGCCGCAGGUGAUCGCCAUGGCCAAUGAGCGGCUGAAGCAACUGGAGGCGGCGCAGGCGCGGGUGCGCGGCCCGGCCGCCAAGCGCCGGCGCACUGCCGAGGGCGCGGUGGGCACAGCGCCGGCGGAGGCGGAGGCGGUUGAGGCGGAGCAGGCGGAGGAGGCGGAGGAGGCGGGCCAGGACGUGGAGCAGCUCAAGGCUUUCCUGCGCCGCUUCGCCCAACUGCCGCUGGCAGGCCGGCCUGCGGGGGAGGCGGCGGCGGCGGUGCGCGCGCUGCUGGCGGAGCUGCCGCCGCACCUGCAGCGCCAGGCGCAGGCGGCGGCGGCGGGAGGGCUGGGUGGCGCCGCGGUGGCGGCGUGCUGAGAGACAGUUGACAGGCUGGCGGUGGUGGUGGUGGUGCGGUGUUGGAUGCAGCGUGGGGUGUUGUGUGGCGCGUGCCUAGGAGGCGCGGGUGCAGCAGUGGUUCGGCGGCGGCAGGUUUGGAAGUUGCGAUUGCUGGGAGGCGCGGGGUGAUUGUGGCGUUUGUGGCACUAGUGUGGUGACAUACGAUAUGGGUGGUUGGAUGUGAGCAGGAGGGUGUGUGACGUCCGAGGAAGGAGAAGGCGCGCACACAGCGCAGGCAAGUGGUGCUCGUGUGUGUUGUGACGUGUGUGUGUGGUGUGGGUAUGGUGACGUGUGUGGUGCGUGCGCUGGUCGUGACGGCUGCCAACGUAGCCGCCGCGCGCGUGUGUGUCGAUGCAUGUAUUGGCACUGCAACCACCGGCAAUCACCGGUAGGUACCGUACUUGCACUGAUGGCUUCCCGUAGCGCCAGGCUACAUGUGUGAGCGAGAUCCAAACUGAUGAAUGGCAUGGCCAUGAGCCCGGUGUGCAUGUGCGUGAAGGUAAAGAAAGCACAGGAUGUCACGGCGACACGGAAGAGCUGCUGAAGCGGUUCCACAUACUCGG